UGACUGCGACAUUGCCUGACGCAGCACAGUGUCUCUGCCUGACGCAGCACAGGCGCUACUAGCGAUGGGAGAAGCUGUAGCGAGGGUGUGAAUACAAACCAAAGAAAAGAGAUUGGCAACGUUGCUGAAAUAGAAAGCUUUUAAGAAAGAUCUUAAGUUGAGUUAUUUCUUGUUAUCCACUGUAGCCACCAAGAAGGGUAUUGCGUCUCGGCUGAAGAAACCGAAGGAAGGAAAUGACAUCAAUGAAUUUGUAAACCUCUCGAUUAGGCCAGGUGAUAAUGAGGAAAUUUAUUCCGAACAUGACUCAUUUGCUGCACAAUUGAUCGGAAUUCAACGCUUGUCAUUGUUGUUUUUGGUAGAAAAGAAAGUGGAUCGCUAGCUGUUUCUCUUGUUUGAAACAUCUUCAGCGAAUAACGCCUGUCUGCAACAGUAUUGCAAAUUUUUAUUGUGGCGGUAUGUCUUGGAUACUGUCGCUGGAUUAUUGGAAAUUUUCGGCAAAUAGGGACGGCAGUUCUUCUGGCUGGGUGUCGAGUAAAGUGCCUGGGUUUGUUUUAGUAUGAAGAGGCAUGUUAACAACAAUGAUGUCUAUGGUUUUCAAGGUCCUCAUUUGUCUUGCACAUGAAAUUGGAGGAACUGUCUUUGUUAGUUCAUUUAAUGUUUCGCCAAGUCUACAACUGGGCAGUUCAAUUUUUUAUGAAACAACAAAUGGAUCUAACCAGCACAAUUCUUUGCUGGGAGAAGUUAAACAGCAAAGAACCACCCAAAUUCAGAACAUAGCACAAAGCAGAAUAAAGACAAGUCCUUUGAGGCAGUUUGCAACUACCAAUCUAGAAAAAAGCACAGUUGCAGCUAGCAUCUCAAUGACUAAUAUAAAUUUGAAUGGCUAUGCUUCCGUUGCAUCUUUUCCCAAAGUAUCCUCAACUGUAAAUAUUUCAUCCUGCAUUGAAUGCAAUAACUCUUCAGAAAGUGAUAAAAGCUUUCUCUUCAUGAUGCUAGGCAUUGGAAUUGGGGCCACGUUUUUCAUUUUCAUUGUUUCAUUAGCAGUUGUUAUUUGCUUAAGAGUAAGGAAAAGCAGAGUUGCUGAAGCCAGAAAAUCCUCGGAAUUUGACGACACCUUCAUGUCAAAAGAAUCUAUCUUCAACAGCUCAACUCUGCAGUUGCAUAGAGGUCUAAAUAAUGAUGGUCUUGAACUAGACGCAUACAAUAAUCCAGUUUUUUCUGAGAGAAGUGCAAAGCAUGUGUCCGCUCAUCACACUAGUGAUGUCCCUGUUGACAUUAAUAUUGAAGUAGUUGAUGCCAUGCCUACUGAAUCAAACGCAAAGUCAAAGAACAAUUUAGACAAUGAGACAGAAUAUGGUGUGUCAGUUAAAUUGAUCGAAGAUUGGUGUGAGGAUCUAGAAGAUGAAAACACAGAGAAGUACAAGGAAUUGAAAAACAAUAUUGAAGAUUCAGUCAGAUAUAUUUAUAGAGAGAAAGAAGGAUUCAAAAAUGUCAGACUAAAGUCAUUUAGGAACGGCAGUGUCAUUGCAGACUUAGUUUUAAUCAUGCUUGCUGCUGUAUGCAAUCCUCUAGAUGUCCUUGAAAUGUCCGUGCGUAACUCGAUACUCGGAAGUUUUCAAGUAGAUCCCCAUUUCCGCUUAGUAUCAGAUGCCAUUGCAGAUGGCAUUCUGGGAAGCGGGGAUACUAACGAUGGUGCCUCUGUUACAUCAAGUAAGAAGUAUGUCCACAGAAAGUCAAGUGAAGGCUCUUUUGAAAAUAGACUGGGAAUGUUUAGUAGUGAUUCGGGUCUUGGCAUUGAUAUGAAAGAGCGUCCGCUGUCGUUGGACGACAUACGACAGUUACCUUCUACUGCCAGUGCUAGAUACGGUCGUGAUAGCGGAAUAGGGUCUAUGCCUGAGCUUAAUGGAUCAGAGGCCCGAUUGUACAAAAGCGAGGCAAGUGUGUUUGAUGACAUUCUAGAGUCAUCGGAUGAUCAGCUGCAAGACGCUUGUACAUUAAGAACUGAAGUGCAGGUUUCACCAAGAAGACACACAGAUGUUCCACACGUGGCACUGUACAAUUUUACUGGUGAAAGUAACCGUGAACUAAGUGUGGGCCAGGGAGAAGUUUUGUACAUAAUUAAUAAAGAGGUCUCCGGUUGGGUCAAAGUAAGAAAUUCUUUGCAGCAACGCGGAUGGAUUCCUGUUUCAUUUCUUGUUCACGUGAGUCAAUCACAGCUGGUAGAUACCCAGGAGACUGUCGAGACGCUAGAGUUCUUUGACAAUGUCCUGGACCAGCUUGAUAAUGAUUCUGAAAGUAGCACCUCCACAGUAAGCAGCACUGAAAGUGAAAGUACCCCGCAUCAAGCAGAUCUAUCCAAUGACAUAAAUUCGGCGAACAAAAUUUUAGCUGCUCCUGAAGAUAAUUUGAAGAUUAAAGUGAAGCAUUGCAAAUCUGUGUAUAAAUUCGACGGAGAAGAUCCCUCAGAAAUUUCGUUCGCCGAAGGGGAACUAAUUCGUGUCGUAAAGAUGAGCAGUGGUGGUUGGUGGAAAGGACAGCUUAAAGAUGAAAUUGGCUGGUUUCCUUCCUCAUAUGUUAUGCCUCUGAACGAAGAGAGUGAGCUGCAACCAGGUGUCAACGUUUCCAGUUUCGGUAAAGUCAGUCGUGACGAGCGACGAAAUACGUACAGUGAUCCGAGCACACGAACCCGCACGCGGCCAUCGAUUUACGAGCUGCAGAACUUAACACGUGGCGACCAAUCACACCAAUCCUUGCAACGAGGCUCAAGAGCGAGGAAGGAUUAUGCAAAUUUAUAUGUUCAAAUUUUGAAACGAGAGUCGAAUGAAAACAUACCAAAGUCCUGUUCCCUUUCGUCUUUACAAACAGGUCCAGACGGGUCGAGUUUGGACAGGCCUCUACGCCCGCCUCCAUCACCUCCAAAAGAUGACAAAACAUAUUUUGAAAACAUGACGGAAGACACAAGCGCGAAAACUGCAGCCUCUCUUGUCAAAAAGACUCGUUCAUUUGACGAAGGUCCCCCUAAGCGAACUGUACCUUUACCGCCAACCCCAAGGCUACCACUUGCACCCUUCUCUCUUGUAAGGAUGAACAGACAACAUGAUGCAAGUUUUCAUGAAAAAGAAUCUUCUAUCAAGGUGGCUCCUCCAUCCAGAACUAGAUACGAAAUAUCACAGGAGAAGCCUCGCAAACUUAUCGAUAUUGAACGAAAGGAAAGCUUAAAAAGCAUCCCUUCUAGUGAACUUGCAGAAGACCUUGAGGAUAGUUGAUCACUUCAUUCUUGCUGCUUCCCAAAUUUUCAGUUAUUUGAUCGAUCGAUUUCACCGAAUGGCAGUUUUGGAAGCAUCGUGAUUCCAAGGUUGUGUCUAGCUAUUUGCAGCACUGUCUGCAGCCUGAAAGUUUCCUAAGAGCACUUAACAAAAAGUGUUUGAAGUGAAAACGUACAAAAAAUGGAAGGGCGAACACUUGCUUUAUAUUACCUUUCCAAUUCCACUGAAAAUUGUGUAGCUGAAGUUAAAUUCUCAAAAUGAUAAAUCUUGGUUAUAAAAAUGCUAUUUUCUAAACCGCCAAACAAGACUUAAUUGGCCAUCGCUGAAAAUCUGAGCCUUGUUGGUUCAUCAAGACCUUUGGCUGACAAUGAAUCUUUCGCCAAGGCAAUGGAUCUUUCGCCAAGCCAAUGGAUCUUUCGCCAAGACAAUGGAUCUUUCGCCAGAUGUCGUAGCAUGUGAAAUGUGUCAAUUUGGUCUAAUCUUGUAGAGACCACUUCAUUUUCCAAUAAACGAUCUACCAUUGGCUGACACCACGUUGCAAUUAAAGUUCUACGCUUCAUUAGAACCAUAUUAUUUCGUAAUUAUUGGUCUUAGUUUCCGUUGCUAGUGUAUGUACAAAAGGCCUCAACGAGGCCACCCCUCCUUAAUGCGACCAUAGGAUAUGUUUUAACAGUAAAACAAUCAACGAAAGGACUUUGUUCCAGUAAUAGAUCAAAAUUCCUCGUCUAAUAGGUCCUGUUAAUAAAGAGGUUUGGUUGGAUUAAGAUUUUCUACAAAGUUACUGCUAGCAUCUAAGCCUUCAAGCUAACGUUAAUUUUAGCAGUAUUCUAUUUGGAGAUGAAGCCCCAUAAAAUACUCUAGCGUUAUUUUAGACAGUAAACAAAAGUCUUAGAGAUAAAGUUUUUAAAGAUAAAUGUCUUUAGUAAACAAUGAAAGCGUCAAGCCCUAUUUAUGUAUUUAAUCCAAUUAAAUGAAAGCAUGUAACAAAAAAUAGCUUAUCGUCGAAGUUCGCUACUGGAUAAUUUAAUUGCUUUACAGAAAAGAUUAGUAAAAUAUGGAAA